CACAACAACAAUAAUAUUGCAACAGUUUUCAACAGCUUUUGGUUUGUUUGCUUUAAGUUCGGUCUGCUUCGGGGAAUCGAUAUUUCAAACACUAAAUUAUACAGUUCCAGUAGUGAAAACCACGCCAACAUGUGGUACAUAACCAAUAAUAAAACACAACACGUAUACUAUCUGGUAUCACAAUCCAUCGGCCACACGGUAGGCCGUACAGGCACGGAUCUCGUAAUAACCGGCGAUGAUUCGAUCAGUCGCAACCAUGCCAUGCUGCAGCCGCACAAGAAUGUGCUCCAUCUCACCGAUACAGGAUCCCGCUACGGAUCGUACGUUAACGACGGCAUAGCGAAAACUGUCCCCAUUUCCAAAGAUCAGCCCACAGUGCUGAAAGCCGGUGAUAUGGUACGCUUCGGUCGAUGUGGAAGUGUCUGGACGGUGGGAAAAGCAGAUUUCCGCUGCCUCACCUCAACACUGGUGAUGGACGAAGCGUUAAAGGUGGUUCUACAGAAAGUUGGCGCCGAACUAGUGCCCAACUACACCGCCGGCCUAACACACCUGAUAAUGCCCACGAUUACCGUCACUACGAAAUUCCUGCAGUGUCUGAUCGGGCAGGUACCGAUCGUGAAGCCAGAUUUUUUCCACUCCAUCGACAGGGACUGUAUCGGCCAGGGUAAAGCACUUCCAUCGGCCAAAGCGUUCGUACCGAUGUGCACGGAAUCGUACAUCAGAAACGAACAGCAGCUCUUUCAUCCCAAUCCAUCGCGAGCCGAUCUUUUCAAGGGGAAAGAAUUCAUCUUUCUCAACACCGUCCAGUACGGUCAGUUUGAAAGCAUCGUCAAGCUGGCCGGUGGUGUGUGUCUUUGUGCACAACGUGAAAAAAUUGCCAAAGGCCGCUUUCUAAAGCCGAAUGUGAUUACCAUUAAGCUCAAGUCGAGCGGCUCUUCGCAGUCGCAGUCGCAAUCGCUCGACACCCUGUCCCAGUACAUAGCUUCGCGCGGUCGUCGGAUGGUGCCGGAUCUGGAGAUUGGACUGGCGCUCAUGUUCUGCUCGACCGAAAAGUACUGCAAUCCGGAGUACAAUUUUGCGUUCAACGUCGAGGAAUGUUUUGCCUCUUCUGCCGAGGGUGGUGAGAUGUUGGCCAAAAACACGGAACAACAGACCGAAGGCACGGAUGCGAAGGGUAUAAACGUGGCGGAAAUGCAUACCAUUCCGGAAACGGAACCCCAUACCGAACCCAAGCAUGGAGCAACUGUAGUAAACAAACCGACCCCAGGAAGCAGCAGAGCGAAAGGUGUUUCCGCUCGUUCUAUUUCGUCAUUUUUUGUCCCAAAAGCUGUUGUGGCAGCUCCGGUACCGAGCGUACCCGCAGAGCGACGAAAAUCGAAGAGAAUGCAGGAAGCGGUGAAGGAAAAGGAGCAAACAGACGAAGACUUCGAAGACUGUAGCCUGCCAAAGCGUUCGCGCAAGAAUGAGACUCCACAGGAAAGUGUAAGCUACUCGCCACCAGUGGAUUCUAAGCCGACAGAAUCCGAACGUGAAGCGAGUGAGGUGAUUGUGCCGGAAACGCAACCGCAACCGGACUCCGGUCUCUCGCAAGCUUUGCAAGCCCGUGGUUUCCUAGCCGUAAACCGAGAUUCAAUAGAACCGGGAGGUGGUAAAGAGGCUGCCAAAACUCGACGUGCCGCCAACCUGCACCACAAGCUGGAUGAUGAGGAUAUGUUUAACUUUGAUGAGAUUGCUCCACGCAAGAAACCACGGCUGGAAAGGGCAAAUGAAAGUCCUGCUGCCAAUGCAACGGGUGCAACGCAAGCGCGUCGUACCAACGGUCCGACCACUACCGCCGAGCAAGAAGAUUUGUUCUGUUUCGAUGAAAUCCCAACCACGCAGCAGCGGCGUACCGCAAAUCAACGGCACGCAAAGCAAACUGUCUCACCGGAUGCGCUCAACAACAAUGUUUCGAAAACGCCUGCAUCGGGCGCUUCGACAUUGUCCCGCGCAGCCGGGGUACAAAACCGAAGCAGCAGCAGCAGCAACGAUUCGACGGUGCACAGCUAUCGCGAGUUUAUUAAGCCAGUGCAACCAUCCUCGAUCGGAUGGCUGUCGUCGACCAUGUGCGGCUUAAAGGUAGCCGAUGACGACGAGGCAAACUCAUUCAGCGAGAUGCACAUCAAAUCCGAACCGCUGGACGAAACCGAUGAUCCGUACGGUGCGGCUCAGAAGGACUGCAAGCAGUGGAUCAAAAGCAUGGAGAAUGCGUUCCCGGUGCGGGAAAUAAGCAUGAAGCUAGUGGCGCACCGGCCAGUCGAUGUGAGCGGCCAGGAGGUUCCGUGCGUAGCGUCCGAUGGUGGAAAGAAUUUUAAAGCGUUCGUGAAGAAACGCAACUACCCUACGCAGCAGCUCGUCCUUUCGACCAAGUCGGUUUGUGUGCGGGACGAAAAUCAGUGUGCCUGAAGGGGGAGAGGGGCACUACUGCACAGGCACCAUUCCCUAGCUCUACAUUACACUGUUUCAUCCACUCUUCACAUAGACACGUUAAAGUUAUGGAAGUAAAGAAUAACAAAAGUUACGAACAGCCCCAACCUCCUGAGAAGUACUUGAA